GCAGACAGUCUGUCUGCGCUUAAAACACGACUUCGAAUAAAACAGUAAAAACACGGAAUGUUAACACAAACAUGAAUCUGCAUCGCAGCUGAAGGAUCCAAUGGGAAGACAGAGUCACAUACUGAAAGGCAGUGUUGAGAGUCACCUGAGGAGUCAUACAAUGCAGUGAACCAAAUGGGGCAUUGCAGUACCCGAAUCAUCGUCCUUUUCCUGCUUCAAUUCUUACGGACAUCAGCUAAAGAUGUCUCCAUUGACUGCAUGUGUGUCGGCAGUGACUGCAAUGAGCAGCAGUGUACCGGAGACCAGUGUUACACCUCUGUUAUCAUUAUCAACGAUGUGACGACGUUCAAACGUGGCUGCCUGGUUGGGCCAGAGAGCAAGAAAAUGACCUGCUCUCCAAAUCCCUCUACUAGUCACAUCGUAGAAUGCUGCUCCCAACAAAUGUGCAACGCCAACGUCUCGAAAGACACCCUUCUACGACUACUGCUGACAAGUCCAGAAUCAGAAAAGGCUGUGCAUUACGGUGUGGAGAUGUUGGUUCUCUUUGUGUUGGGCCCGUUUGUGGUUCUGGGUUUGCUGUCUGUGCUGGCUUUGCUGGUGUGCCGUAGACUCCAUCAUGGGCGUCUGGAGAGACUGCAUGAGUUUGACACUGAGCAGGGGGCCAUCGACGGUCUUAUUGCAUCUAACGUUGGAGACAGCACACUUGCGGACCUGAUGGAUCACUCUUGCACCUCAGGCAGUGGUUCAGGACUGCCCUUCCUGGUGCAGAGGACAGUUGCACGGCAGAUCAGCCUGGUAGAAUGUGUUGGUAAGGGGCGGUAUGGUGAGGUGUGGAGAGGUCAGUGGCAAGGAGAGAAUGUAGCCGUGAAGAUCUUCUCCUCCAGAGAUGAGAAGUCAUGGUUUAGAGAGACCGAAAUAUACAACACUGUUCUACUACGACAUGAUAAUAUAUUAGGAUUCAUGGCUUCUGACAUGACCUCCCGAAACUCUAGCACUCAGCUGUGGCUCAUCACACACUAUCACGAGAAUGGCUCUCUCUAUGACUACCUGCAGCGUGUUGCCGUGGAGAUGGCAGAUGGACUGCACAUGGCCGCGUCGGUAGCCAGCGGGCUGGUGCACCUGCACACGGAGAUCUUUGGCACUGAAGGCAAACCGGCCAUCGCUCACAGAGACCUGAAGAGCAAGAACAUACUGGUGAAGAAAGAUCUGCAGUGCUGCAUCGCUGACUUGGGUCUGGCAGUAACGCACACGCAGUCUGAUAAUCAGCUGGAUGUGGGGAAUAAUCCUAAAGUAGGAACCAAGCGCUACAUGGCACCGGAGGUUUUAGAUGAGACCAUUCAGACAGACUGUUUUGAUGCCUAUAAGAGGGUGGACAUCUGGGCCUUUGGUUUGGUGCUGUGGGAGAUCGCUCGCAGAACCAUCAGUAACGGAAUCGUAGAGGAAUACAAGCCACCUUUCUAUGACCUGGUGCCUAAUGACCCCAGCUUUGACGACAUGAGGAAAGUGGUUUGUGUGGAGCAGCAAAGGCCGUUCAUUCCCAACCGCUGGUUUUCAGAUCCUACCCUGUCUGCUCUGGUGAAGCUGAUGAAAGAGUGCUGGUACCAGAACCCAUCGGCUCGACUCACCGCCCUGCGCAUUAAAAAGACUCUGGAUAAAAUCCACAGCUCACUGGAGAAGGGCAAAAUCGACUGCUGAGAAGAACUACUGACCGCUCAUUAAACAGACACCGCGUGUAUCCAGACCAUUGGAUUCGAGCGCUGGCAUCUGUCCCAAUCCUAACAUUCUGUGUAUUCGCUUUUUUCUUCCUGUCCAUUGGCCUAAAAACAUUUUCUAGAGAAUUCUGCUCUUUUAUGGAUCGGUUUUCCCCACUGAACCCGGUGGGGCUCCUUUUUCCCCUCAAGAAGCAACAUAAAUAAGAGAUGCACAGUCAAAAUAUAGACACGAUCCAACAGGCCUUGAAUUGAACCUUCUAUCAUGGAUUUUUUUUUUUUUUUUUUUACACAAUCACGUUGUCUAUUUAACCAUUGGCAAACUUUUAAGAUUUGUACUUUUCGUAAAAUCGAAGAGGACAGAUUCACCUGCUGAAAUGCAAUCAUUACCCAUAGUGUGUGUGUGUGUAUGUGUGUGCAUGAUUCUUAUUACAACCAGAAUAACUUUAUAGCUGUAAUGUCACUUGCUUUUAGAAAUCUGAUGGUUUUUGAGCUUUUAAAAGGUCCCAAUAAUUCUUGUAGAUAAGUUAGGCAAAACUCAGUCACAGUUUUUGAAUUUGCUACAGUGGACUUGUGUUAUGAAGCUCUGUACAGUAGAGAGCUACAGACUGUCUUUAAUUAGGCUUAUUUAGUAAUCAGACUUGGUUAAAGGUUUAGUUCAAUCAAAAUAUAAAAAAUCUGUCAUUAUUCAUGUUAUGUAAAACCCGAAUUUACUUGACCAGGAACUGUCGAAAGUGACGUAAAAGCUGUAUGGGUUUGUAAAGACAAAGGGGUGGGUAAAUGAUGACAGAAUUAAGAACCAUCCCUUUAAUUCCCAGUCUGGUUAUUCUCAUAGCAUCCCAUGAGGGCUUCCUUUGACAAGGCCUUUCUGACCUGUUGCCUCUAUGCCUGCCUGACAAAAAAGCCAUUGUAGCACAUCAUAGUGCUUUUUUUGUAGCUGUUUGUCUUUCUCUUUGCCCUCACCGGCAUGCAUACUUGAUGUUUUUUAACUGACAAUCAGCCGCUGUCCAGUAGGCCUGAAUUAUUUGCUAUUGUUGUGUACAAAACGCUACUUACGAGUGUUCAAGCUGACGUGUCAACACACUAACAGAGCUAUUCAGUCAUAAACAGACUGUGGUUUUGUGAAUUUGUUUAUCCUCACGCUUUUUGACACUUUUGUAUCAGUUUUCAACAUGCCACAUAAACCGAGACUUUUAAAACUAUUUAAAAGUGCGGCGUCACUCUAAUAUAGGAUUUAUGAGGUUUAACAAGGAAAAAACUAUCGUUACAUCUCAAGUCGAAAAGGUUUGUGUACGUUGCUUAUGGAUUAGUUUGAGUUGAGUGAAGUUGUGACGUUUUUUUUUUUUUUAGGAAUUUGAAGAUGCCGUCAUGACACGGCUGUGUAGCGCUCAACACUGGUCACUUUUGCUCUCCCAUAAAUGGCUGAACGUUUACAUAUUUGUGUUCUACAGGGGAAUGAUGUAAGGAACUUGGCUACAGGAAUUGUUGAAUUUUGAACUGUGAAUAUGUUAUAAUGAAGAACCCAUAUGUAUGAUGUUACUGGAAUAUAAAAUGCAAGACACAGUUAUGAAUUAAAACAACUGCUCUUUUCAUUGGUUACAACA